GGCUAUCUUGUUCUCUGUUGUUGCAAGAGGAACCACCAUCUUGGCCAAACAUGCCUGGUGUGGGGGAAAUUUCCUGGAGGUGACAGAGCAGAUCCUGGCCAAGAUUCCAUCAGAAAACAACAAGCUGACCUACUCCCAUGGAAGUUACUGUUCCAUUACAUCUGUCAGGACCGAAUCAUUUACCUCUGCAUUACAGAUGAUGACUUUGAACGUUCCAGAGCGUUUAAUUUCUUAAAUGAAGUUAAGAAGAGGUUUCAGACAACUUAUGGAUCCAGGGCACAGACUGCACUUCCUUACGCCAUGAACAGUGAAUUCUCCAGCGUCCUGGCAGCACAGCUGAAACACCACUCCGAAAACAAGAGUAUCGAUCGUGUGGUGGAGACACAGGCCCAGGUGGAUGAACUGAAAGGAAUUAUGGUCCGAAAUAUAGAUCUUGUGGCGCAAAGAGGAGAGCGGUUAGAGUUAUUAAUAGAUAAAACGGAGAACCUUGUUGACUCUUCUGUCACCUUUAAGACCACAAGCAGAAACCUGGCCCGGGCUAUGUGCAUGAAGAAUUUGAAGUUAACCAUCAUUAUUGUUAUUGUAACAAUAGUUGUUAUCUAUAUCAUCGUGUCGGCAGCUUGCGGAGGGCUGACGUGGCCCAGCUGUGUGAAUAAGUAA